GCAGAAAUAGAUGGAGAUGCAUGCAGUAGAAUUGGGGCUGGAUGGAUGAAGUGGAAGGUAGCGAGUGGUGUGUUGUGUGACACAAAAAUUCCAAUGAAGCUGAAGGGAAAAUUCUAUAAAACAGCCAUGGAAAAUAAAGAGGAACAACGAAUGCAUGUGGAUGAAAUGAGAACACUUAGAUGGAUGAGUGGAGUGACAUAAAAGGAUAAAAUUAGAAAUGAGUAUAUUAUGGGAAGUGUAGGUGUGGCACCAAUUGAUGCCAAAAUGAGACAGCAUAGGUUAAGAUGGUUUGGUCAUGUUCAACGUCGAGAAGUUAAUCACCCAAUACGAAGAAUAGCUGAAGUGCAGAUUCCUGGAAGGAGUAGGAGAGGAAGACCAAAGAAGACCUGGGGGGAGACGAUAGGGCAGGACAUGUUGGUAAAGGGUUGAUAUGACCCAAGAUAGUAUUGUGUGGAGAAGUGCAAUUAGGAAAGCCGACCCUGCAUGGGGAUAACGCAAAGAGAAUGAGGAGGUGUGCUAGACUAAUAAUUAUUUGUUUAAAUUUUCAGUUUUCAUUAUUAUAUGGGAGCUUGAUGAGAAAUUUUGCAGUAAUUCAAGGACAUCUAAAGAAAAUUGCAGAUCUCGUUUCACUGAAUACAAGACCAGCUAGUACAAACUUACUUCGUAAAAUGAAUCGGCUAGGACACAAAUUUAAGUUAUAUUCUUGUUUAUUCAUUAGUAUGUUGUUACCUUAUUACACAGCAAGCUAUUGGAUGAUUCGUAAUUCCAAAACAAAUAUUGCAUUAAUUAUUUUUCGACACCUUCCAGGCGCAGGCGGUCCGGCAGUACAGAUAAUAACAUUUGCGUUUGUGAUACCACACAGUGUUUUUUUUAGUUACGGUAUAUUAUGUUUAAUGUCCUACUUUUCGUGGCAUUAUUCAUUCUUGCUAAAAAGGUUAAAUGAAGAAAUCAUAAAAUUAAGUCUUCAGAAGAACAAACAUCAUGACAUAUCAGAACAAAUGCAAUGUACUCAUUGUCAACAAGAGGUUUUUGGAGAAAUGACGUACUUUUUGAACCAAUACCUAAGAAUAAAAAAGUCUAUUAAUAGUUACACUGAUUUUUCGAAAUGGCGAAUAUUUUCAUUAGUUAUUGGAAUAAGUGGAAUACUUGGAUCAGCUCUAGUAUUUAUCGUUGCAGUAUCUACAUAUGAAUCAAUGCCCUAUUACUGUAGUUUUGCAGGUGCAUUUAUGGGAAUGUUGGUAAUCGCAGAAUCAGGCGAAGGGAUAAGGUCAGAGUGCGAAACAAUUUUUUUGAGUGCUCAACAGUUAAACUGGCAUGGCUGGAAUAAAGAAAACCGACAGUUAUUACUUAUGUUUUUAAUAAUAACUGAAGAACCUAUAGAAAUUAGCUGUCACGGAUUUUUUACGCAGAAUCGCCAAGUGAUCCUUAAGGUGAUAAAAAUAAUACAUGGAUUUUUAACUUACUAUAAGACUGUAAGUGCGAAGAGUAAAAACUGAGUCUUCACAGCACAUUGUUUGUUGUUGAUCUGGAUAUAUUAAGCGAGAUUAUAAAUGAGUCAACUAUUAAAAUUUCAAGCACCAUAUGGAUAGUUUGUAAUAUUUAUAUAAUAAAUAUGUAGUUUAACAAUUUUA